UUCCUCGUAAAUUGUUGGCUUGCCUCCCAACAAUAUUACAAAUUUCGCGCGAUUUUCUAUCCCUUCCUUCUCUAACCUCGCAUCUCAUUUGAUUCCGUUUCCUUCAAUUCCAUUGGCUUUCUUGAUGACUUUCCGUUUUUUACCUGGCCAGUGUUCUUGAAUUCAAGUAUACAGAGCUGAGCAUCGCAACAAAAUUUUCACCGCUGCAUAUACCUGUUUGUUUCUUGUCCUCUCUCCAAUAUUUCCCAAGCCCAGUUGUAUAUAGCAUGUAAAGCUGAAGCCUUCAAUUUGUGCAUUGGCUUUAUCCUUAGAGAUGGUUGCAUUCGGGAAGAAAUUGAAAGAAAAUCAAAUCCAAGAAUGGAGAGAAUUCUAUAUUAACUAUAAGCUACUGAAGAAGAAAGUCAACCGGUAUGCACAGCAAAUUGAAGUUGGAGCCGAAGAUCAACAAUAUGUUCUCAAGGACUUCUCAACAAUGUUGGAUGGUCAGAUUGAAAAGAUUGUCUUGUUUCUGAUACAACAACAAGGACUACUGGCAAGCAGAUUAUUAAGGCUUCGAGAACAGCAUGAUACUCUUUUGCAGCAAUCAGAUGGAUAUCGAAUUUCUGAACUACGAGAAGAAUACAGAGCAGUUGGACAGGAUCUCCUAAAGCUCCUCUUCUUUGUUGAGUUAAAUGCUACUGGCUUGCGAAAGAUUCUUAAGAAAUUUGAUAAGCGCUUUGGCUAUAGAUUCACAGACUACUAUGUCAAAACUCGCGCAAACCAUCCUUAUUCCCAGUUGCGACAGGUGUUCAAGCAUGUGGGUAUUGGGGCUGUUGUUGGAGCCAUAUCUCGCAAUCUUGCAGAUCUUCAAGACCAUGAGGAAAACUACGUGUCAAUAUAUGAUCAGCCUUUAUUAUGCCACCUGGAUCCUAUCGUUGAUUCUAUUAAAGCAGCUGUAAAUAAGCUAUCAAACUCAACAAAUUUCCUUGAGUACUUGGGAAAGCAUGCAUUCAUCAUACAAGAGGAGUUACCAAGUCCAUCUCAAGAUAGUUUCAUUGAGCAGAAUUAUCAUUUUAUGUCACUUAUCCUGAACUUGGUAAACACAUUUCUUUACAUGGUCAACACAUAUAUUAUUGUCCCAACAGCUGACAACUACUCCUUAAGCCUUGGAGCUGCAGCAACUGUUUGUGGUGUCGUUAUUGGUUCGAUGGCUGUUGCACAGGUGUUCUCUUCAAUAUAUUUUAGCGCAUGGUCAAAUAGGUCAUAUUUGAGACCUCUUUUGUUUAGUAGCAUAGUUCUUCUGGUGGGGAACACCUUAUAUGCACUGGCUUAUGAUCUUAAUUCCAUAGCACUCCUUCUAAUUGGUCGACUUUUCUGUGGGUUAGGCUCUGCAAGAGCCGUUAACAGGCGUUACAUCAGUGAUUGUGUACCAUCCAAAUUGCGAAUGCAGGCUUCUGCAGGUUUUGUUAGUGCAAGUGCACUUGGAAUGGCAUGUGGUCCAGCUCUUGCUUGCUUAUUUCAAACUGAAUUUAAGAUCUACAAGCUUACGUUUAAUGAGGACACUUUACCUGGCUGGGUGAUGGCGUUUUUAUGGCUUGCAUAUUUAUUGUGGCUGUGGAUUUCCUUUAGAGAACCUUCUUAUGAGAAUAAAGUACUUGUGCCACAGCAAGCUAAUUCUGGGCCUGUAACUGAUCGGAGAGUAGAGAUUGGUUGUACUCAGCCAUUGCUUUUAAAAUCAGCAUCUGAGAAUCAAGAUGAAGAUAUAGACCAAGAAUUUGAGGAUAACGAUGAUGAUUCUGAGGGAAGUCAUAAACCUGUCACUUCAAUUGUAUCAGCAUAUCGGUUACUCACACCAUCUGUGAAGGUGCAACUAUUCAUUUAUUUUAUGCUCAAAUAUGCAAUGGAGAUAUUACUUGCUGAAUCAAGUGUUAUCACUGGAUAUUACUUCAUCUGGUCAACCAGAAGCGUAGCCACUUUUCUUGCAUGUCUUGGACUAACAGUUCUUCCUGUAAAUGUUUUUGUUGGAAGUUAUGUCAGCAACAAAUUUGAGGAGAGGCAAGUUCUACUGGCAUCUGAAAUUAUGGUGUGCAUUGGUAUACUAUUAAGUUUCAAUAUUUUUAUUCCUUAUUCUGUGCUUCAAUAUGUGGGUUCAGCCCUGAUCACAUUCGUAUCAGCUGAAGUUCUUGAAGGUGUCAACUUAUCACUCCUAUCUCGGGUCAUGUCAUCGAGGCUUUCUCGAGGAACAUAUAAUGGAGGAUUGCUUUCAACAGAAGCUGGAACUUUGGCUCGAGUAAUUGCAGAUGGAACAAUAACACUUACUGGGUACAUGAGUGAAAGUAGGCUCUUGAAUGCUACUCUGCUUCCGUCACUUUUCAUUUGUAUUUCCUCCAUUGUUGCCACCUGCUUCACCUACAACUCUCUCUACUGAUUCCUUUCCAUUCUCUCCGAAUGUAUACGUAUCUUGUACAGCAAAAUGUUAACUUUCUUAUGUAGUUCUAUGUAUUCUCCAAGCUUUUAAUAUUUCUCACUGCUAAUCUACUGCAAAUGAUGAUGUUAUUAAAAUUUUCUUAA